AUGGAAGAUAAAGCACAAAGUCAAACUCACAUUGAUUACAAAUCUGUGCUAGUGCAGAAGACUGAAAAGGGAGAGAUGCCCAACAUAAUAGUAAUUGAAGGGGAGGCAGAUGUCCCCACAUCUCACCCACAGAUUGAAAAUCUAGAGAACUAUGAAAUUGUCUUGUAUGCUGAAUGCAAGAACAAAUUUGUUACAAACUUUGCUGAGUUGCUAAACUUGCUCAUGCCUUGUGCUUCUUACUCCAUGUCAAAUGAGGACAUUGUGCGAUCUGUGUUGGCACUCAGAGUUCUUCUAAUUCUCGAUGGACUGGAUGAACUAAACAAAGCUUCUAGACAGUUAGUAGAGGAAAUUGUGAUGGAUAAGAUGCCAAAGAGCACAGGUGUCUUUCACCUUCUGCUAACUACAAGACCACAGGCACUAAGGGAAUUACCCAACUACUGCAUAAAGUCUGAAUGGAUACACAUGAGAAUUUUGGGCAUCACAGCUGAGCAAAGACCAGAGUUUGUGUAUAAACUGCACGAGGAAAUGAAAAAAGAAAAAAUGAGCCAACAAGACACGCAGAAGUUGAUGGAUUACGUAAAGAAAUCAGAAGCUCGCCUGGGAGAACAUUUUCGUUUGCCUCUAAAUCUUACUCUCUUGACCUACUUAUGGGCUGCAAGCCCAGAAGAUGUCAAUUCAGUCACAACAGCCACUCACCUCUUCUUAAGAAUUCUUGAACUCAUUAAAAAGCGUUUGGUAAAUCGCCUUGUGGAUAAACUUUAUUGUUCAUGGGAUGAAAUUUCUGAUCAUGUCACAGAAUACAUGGAGGUGCUGUAUGAAAAAAGUUUUGAGGAGAUUAUAAAUGACUCCCUGCAGCUGAGUGAAUCAUCAGAACAGGCACUUAAGAAGAAAUGCAAGGCCCUUGAACUACCAUUUCAAGAAAUGUCUGCAGCCUUUAUGAAUGUGACCAGAGAAUGGACUGCAGGUGGAUAUGCACUUCACCUUACUGCUCCCCACAAAAGCAUAAUGGAAUUUUUUGCAGCGGAAUGGAUUCACACGUGUUUGAUGCGGAAUGGGGCCAAGACCUUGAAGAAUAUUCUGGAAGAGUUAAAAUGUGAUGAAUCUUCGUUGCCUAAGUACCAGAAUGUGUUGCUUCACCUAUGUGGAUUGUUGCAUGAAAAUGGUAAAUGUACUCUUGACCAACAUGCAGAAGAACUGGUACAGCUACUGACAAAGUCAGAGACGACAGAGCAACAGUGGCUAGACAUAAUUGCUGAGUCAGAGUGUAAUGAGACUAUUGUAAAACUCAUAGCUCCAAGGAUUGGCACGAAACUUAUAGUACGAGAUGGUCACACUGGGGCAGCUGCCAGCAUUUUUAGCCAUCUACCUGAAUCGACUCCUGUUAAAGUGAUCUUGAACUGUGAAAUAACGCACAUUCCACACUUGGACAAUUUUAUUGACGAGCUUUCCAAAAGACAUUGUUAUGUUGAACUUCAUUUCAGACAUCAGUGGAAGAAUAUGCAAUGUGGGAAUUCCACCGAUCGUCUUAAGCAACUGAGUAAAAGCAAGUAUGUAGCCAUUAUGAUUUACAUUGUUAAUAAUGUUAUCUUGAUAAAUGAAUAUGUAAUUUAGUUUUUCACAUGAAAUAAAACUAUAAUGCACCA